CAGCACAGCUGCCUCUCUCGCCUCUUCAAUGCUCACAGCACAGAAUGCCCCUGAGGCUACUGCUGACGGAGACAACAAGACAGAGCAGCAAGGAAGGGGGUGGGCCAGGAAACAGACCCUUGGAUGAAGCAAGUCUGACUUACUUUUGCACUGUCACACUCAGAGAGAGCUGCAUGCUGUCUACAGGUGCUCUACAAUCACUGGACAAUCUGUGGGACUCAGAACAAAGAAGGCUAAUUUAAAGGAUACUUCAAGACUUGUCUGGGAAGAAUUUGGGAUUGCUUUAAUGAGUAUUUUGGACAAAGACAUUUGUUUUUCCUCAAUGGGAUAUACUAGGAGUGUAUUCUAACAGAACUACUCCUUUUGACUGCUUUUGGAUGUUAUUUCUGAAGUCGAACCAGAGGAAAGGACUGUGUGAAUUGAAACUUUGGAGUGAGUAGCUUCUAAGCUUGGGGCAACAAUCUUGUGGGGUGGCUAGGUAAAGGACAGGAGGAAGGGGGAGGGGAAGAGGUAGUCGGGGUCUGGCUCCAGUCUCUGGGGUGAAAUGCCUUCAACAUGAGGCUUUGUUGAAGAAUGCCACAGAGGAGUGUUUGAUCGCUUCAGUUUUGAACUGCCAACAGAAAAAAAAAAAAAAAAAGAAAAAAAAAAAAAAAUAAAAACAUUAAAGAGAUCUAUGUGCCCUUGAAGGAAAGUCCAUCUUGUGGUUGGAAGCAAUCUGUCUGCUUCACAUGCUUUGUUUUGCCCUGUUGGAUUGUGGAUUGAGGAAAAUCAUUUUAUUGUGUAGUCUUGCCUAACUACCACCCCAUAGUGCUCCUUUGUUUCUUUCUGAGAUGUACAACACCACUGUUCAGAUGGAGGCUUUGACCCAGAUAUGGGCUGGCAGUGCCAGCAACAAAAAUUCCUCUCUGCAGCUACACAACAACACCCACUGCCCAAAGAAUGACAACUUCAAAUAUCCACUCUACAGCAUAGUGUUUAGCAUUGUCUUCAUGGUGGGACUCAUCACCAAUGUUGCAGCCAUGUACAUUUUUACUUGUUCACUGAAACUGCGGAAUGAGACCACCACAUAUAUGAUGAAUCUUGUUGUUUCUGACUUAUUAUUUGUGCUCACACUCCCUUUGAGGGUGUUUUACUUCAUCCAGCAGAACUGGCCAUUCGGCAGCCUGCUCUGCCAGCUCUCUGUCUCACUCUUUUACACCAACAUGUAUGGGAGCAUCCUGUUUCUAACAUGCAUCAGCGUGGACCGCUUCCUCGCCAUCGUACACCCCUUCCGUUCAAGGGGUCUCCGGACCAAACGCAAUGCCAAAAUUGUAUGUGCUGCUGUUUGGGUUCUGGUGCUUUCUGGAAGUCUUCCGACAGGCUUCAUGCUGAACAGUACUAACAAGCAAAAUAACAACACGAUAGCCUGCUUUGAGAACUUCUCCUCAAAUCAGUGGAAAAGUCAUCUCUCAAAGGUGGUGAUCUUCAUAGAGACAGUGGGGUUCCUUAUCCCUUUGAUACUGAACGUGGUUUGCUCCGCUAUGGUGCUCCACCCUUUGAGGAGGCCACAGACUGUUAGUCGGGGAGGGAAGCUGAACAAGAAAAAGAUCUUGAGGAUGAUUAUCGUCCACCUCUCCAUCUUCUGCUUUUGUUUCAUCCCCUACAACGUCAACCUGGUCUUCUACUCACUGGUGCGGACAAAAAUCUUGGAGGGCUGCACAGUAGAAUCAGUGGUUCGGACAAUCUAUCCAAUCGCUUUGUGUAUUGCUGUGUCCAACUGCUGUUUUGACCCCAUCGUCUACUAUUUCACCUCAGAGACAAUACAAAACUCCAUUAAGAGGAAAUCUCAGAUGAACCGUUCCUUUGAUGUCAAGUUCUCUGAGGCUUUGCAGUCAGAGACGAGCUCUUCUCUUCAGUUCAGCCUGAGGUCCAUAAAGAACAAGAUGUUCCACAAUGAGUCUAAUGUAUAAGGACAAGUAUUGGACAAAUGGAUGUAAAGAAACUGAAUGCACAAAAAGCACUCUGCAGUGGAUGAAAUGUGGCAUAAACAUGCAAAUAUGCCCUAAUUUGGUUUGUUAAUAUCUCUCAAGGCAGUAAGUAAACUACGUUCUUUUAGAGGGAUUUACCUCCCUCUUAAAGUCAUCCUUCAGCACUGUACUGGGGGGCACACUUGUUCUCAAUGGAAUUAUAUCCAAACAUUUGGAAUACUUAACUGUGGAGUAAGAAUAAUGCAAAUAUACUGUAAAUCAACUGGAACUUGAUUAAACUAGACCAGAACCUCUAACUAUAUGUGAAUGUAUAUGUGAAUGUGAAUGUGAAAAUAACAUACAUAACCUCUAUUUAAUGAAACCCACACACAAAAUAGAAUGAUACCAUUUUAUGCAAUGCCACAUGUAAACACAUUGACUGCCUGAAGUGUCAUACUAUUAACAAGCUGAAAACUUUUGUUGGCACUUAUAUAAUACUGUAUAUUAUCUUUGCACUGACAUUGACACUGUAAUAAUGCACAGUAUUUUCCUGUUACAAACUUCAUUUGAUAAUGAAGUUUUACAAUUGUAGGUAGAGGUGUUUAUUUACAAUAGAUUAUUAUCAGUUCUUCUCCCUGUGUAAUGUCCAUUAAAAAAGUACAAUAUAGUCUGCAA